AAAGCUAUCUACCGAGUAACAGCGCGUCCCCGCAUCUUGACGGCGCUAAUUUGGAUAGUUUGUCAAUCAGGAAUUCCUCCGGGAGCAACUCUGAAACAUUUUUAAACGUGUGAUCGACCGAGAGUCAGGCAUUUUGGUUAACAAUGGACACCACCUCGGCUAAACGGCUUCCGUGACUUGUUGGAGGAGUAGUAGCGGGUUCCGGUGGCGAUAUUUUGUGCUGUCAGGAAGUUUGACGUUUUCGGUUGAAGAGCGUUUCUUUGGUUUGUUUUGGUUGUGGAAAAGCUGCGGUUUAGCUAACUCUACCGCCAUAAACCCCGGAAAAUUCGUACUAUCCCACCACCUGAUUUAACUACGACUUGUUAAACAUUCUUACUUUUAAAGUUGGUGAAGUUUUUUUGGUGAUUAAAGCCACUUUGGAUUCGCUAACAUACAGUUGGGUCGCGUUACAGAGUAACGGUUGUUGUUUCUUAUAUUGUUCUUAAAGUGUUUAAGUUAUUACUAUAUGACGUUACUUGAUGAAUUUAGUUCAUUUGUGCAUUUCUUAUAGGCCCCCGAAAAGAAUGCAGCCAGUCAUAUAUUGAACAAAAAAAAGGAAAAUCUACAGAUUUAGCAGGAAGGCAGGCUAUUUUAAUCACGGAAACUGUCCGGGUUUUCCCUUUGGAUAGCUCGCAAAUGGAUUUAAUGGAUGCUACACAGCAACUGCUACAUCUAGUCUGCUGGUUUUUGUUAUAGAAAAAAAAAGCCUGAAAAAUUAGAAGUGACUCUCUCGAUCAUGUUUUGGAAAUUUAAGUUUUCCAAAGAUCCGAGGCUGCAGCGGCCUCAGCCGGAGCACUUAGAUGUAGGGUUUUCCAUAUAGGAUUAUUGUCUUUUGAGCUCAAAUUGUUGUUAAAAUACCUCUAAAAAAGACAAUAUUAGUGUGUUUUUGUUGUUGAUCUUCGGUGAAAGAAGGCGUACCCCCUUCAUUUGGGGGGGUAUCCAGCCCCUCCAUGCCGCCUUCACUCUCACGCCUUCUCCCGGGUGUUUUGGUCUGAUGGACGUCCACACCUCCGGGACAAAUUACUCCAAAUCCGCCCAGAGACGCCGGUGACCGGGUCGGUUCCGAGCGGGAGGGGUUACCUGAGACUCUAGGUGAGGCUGUGGGUGGUCUGGCACAUCAGAGGCAUCAAUCUGAACCCUGGUUUGUGGACCCCGCCUGCACAACGCUGCCGCAAUGAAUGAGAGGCAGGCUCUCCACUCUAUAAUGAAGGACCUGGUUGCCCUCCAGAUGACGCGACGACAGCCGGUGUUUUCCUACGACAGCGGCAAGCCGAAGACAUCAACACAGGCCAACAGACAGGAUGAUGUCAGGAUAAAGUUUGAAUACUCAGGAGAGAAAAGGAUCUUGGUGUUUGGGAGGCCAGUGCAGUUUGAGGAGAUUCAGGAAAAGGUGAAGAGCGUCUUCGGCCAGCAGCUGGAGCUCCAUUAUAUGAACAAUGAGAUGUCCAUUCCUCUGCGAGGUCAGGGUGACCUGGACAAGGCGAUCGACCUGCUUGACCGAAGCUCCAGCAUGAAGAGCAUCAGGAUAAUGCUUCUUUCUCAAGAGCGCAGCAACGCCUCCUCCAACUCUCAUCAUGGACAGUGUAAGCAGGUGAGGAUCAAGGCCUCCCACUCCACUGGAGACGUCAGUACGGCGUACCAGCCCUCUGAGCCCAGAGGGCGCCACCUGUCGACAGGUUCUCAGAACACGGGUCGAAGUUCGCCGCCUCCUGGAUACGUGCCCGAGCGGCAGCAGCGGAUCGCCCGCCAGGGUUCCUACACCAGCAUCAACAGCGAGGGCGAGUUCAUCCCAGAAACCAGCGACCAAUGCGUGCUGGAUCCUUGGAGCAGCGCAGAAAAUUCAGUUUCUGGCAGCUGUCAGUCCCUGGACAGCAACUCAGAAAGCCCUUCGCUGAGGAAGUCACGGAUGCACAGAGCCAAGAGUUACCCAGAUAACCGGCAAGAAGUGUCAGACCGGGAGAAUCACGUGUAUGACAGGGUAGCAGGGAAGGGAGGCACCUAUCCUCGCAGGUAUCACGUCUCCCUGCAUUGCAAAGACCACAGUGAAGGUCGUCGAACGUUUCCGCGCAUCCGUCGUCCCCAGGGAAACCUGUUCACUUUGGUUCCCUCGAGGCGAUCGCUGAACGGCAGCGAGGAGAGUCUGGGCAGCUGGCAGCAGAUCGACACGCAAGGCCGACUGCGACCGCACGAUCGCUCUGUGUCCCACAAGUCGCCCAGCGCCCCGGUGACGUGGCGCCGCGGGAAGCUUUUGGGCCAGGGUGCGUUUGGUCAGGUCUACCUCUGCUACGAUGUGGACACUGGGAGAGAACUGGCCGCCAAGCAAGUCCAGUUUGAUCCCGACAGUCCUGAAACCAGCAAGGAGGUUAGCGCGUUGGAGUGUGAAAUCCAGCUUCUGAAAAAUCUGCAUCACGAGCGCAUCGUCCAGUACUACGGCUGCCUGAGGGACCACAACGAGAAAACUCUCACCAUCUUCAUGGAGUACAUGCCCGGGGGUUCAGUCAAAGAUCAGCUGAAAGCUUAUGGGGCCCUGACAGAAAACGUUACCCGCAAAUACACAAGACAGAUUCUGGAGGGCAUGUCCUACCUGCACAGUAACAUGAUCGUGCACAGAGACAUCAAAGGAGCCAACAUCCUGCGGGAUUCAGCGGGAAACGUGAAGCUGGGAGACUUCGGCGCCAGCAAGAGGCUGCAGACGAUCUGCAUGUCUGGAACCGGCAUCCGCUCUGUGACCGGCACCCCCUACUGGAUGAGUCCCGAGGUGAUCAGCGGCGAGGGAUACGGCAGGAAAGCCGACGUCUGGAGCCUCGGCUGCACUGUGGUCGAGAUGCUCACAGAAAAGCCGCCGUGGGCCGAGUUUGAAGCCAUGGCGGCGAUAUUUAAGAUCGCCACGCAGCCGACCAACCCGCUGCUCCCGCCGCGCGCCUCGGACCAGGCCCGGGACUUCAUCCGCUGCAUCUUCGUGGAGGCCAAACACCGGCCGAGCGCCGAGGAGCUGCUGAGGCAUCCCUUCUCCCAGAUCCAGUGCUGAGUAAGACCGACUGAGCGUCGCACCACCAUGUGCCUCAAAAGGAGACCCAGUCUUCACACGGAGGAACUCCUGAAAAUCUGUGCUCCGGGUUCCAGCGCUGCUGUUCCAGGAGCUUCCACAAGGGGGCGCCAAAUAUUUACCCACCAGGCUGCUUAACUCGACACAAAACUCUCUUCAGAGGAAACAUCAAGUCACGGUUCAUGUUUACAUACGAGUUAAAAAAUGCAUGGACUUUAACUGUGCCAAAGAGGUUUUCUACAAAAAACAGAAACAUUCAGACGAUUCUUUAAGCUACUUUCCUGUUUUCAGCCUCUUCAGAUCAAAACACCAAGGUAUUAAAUCCAGAAAGCUCUU